CCCUCUCUGGGGCACAACACAGUAACAAAGAGAGAUACAUAUACAUUAAAUUACAUAGAUCAAUGCUUGCUUAGUUAACGCUAUGAAGUUGCGUUCCAACUACUCUUUUUAGUCUCUUUAUCUUUAUUCUUCUUCUAUUCUCAUGCCCCCACCCUAUACCCCUCUUCCCCCAUCAACCUUCUUUCUUUGCAUUCUUUCUUCACUUUCUUCCCUUCUUCAACCCCAACUCAUGCAUGUCCCUCUCUAUCUUCUCCCAAUGAAAUGAACCAUCAAAAAACCCACCACCCCAAUUGCACCACCAUCAACCACCAUGUCCUCCUAGCCACCAAAGUCCGCAAACCCAAAAACCCACAUAGAGUUAGCUAGAAACACCCCAAAAGAUUCAUUUUGUUUUAAAGCGCAACUUAUGGCAUCCAUUGCCACCUUCUUCAACAAGUUCCUCUACUUCUUUAUCCUCUUAGUCCACCUCGGCUGCUUCAUCUUCACCACCGCCGGGAAACAAUCGCCGCCGUCAAAGAAACGCAAAACCUCACCUUUAUCCCAACCCUCCUCCCCUUCCCACACCAAAUUCAAAACCCACAAAGCCCUCUCCUCUUCUUGGCAUUUCAUCAAACAUCUCUUCUCCACCAAGUCCUGCAAAACCCCAAACACCGCCACCACCCAAUCCUCCCCUCAAUCCACCGCCACCACCACUACCACCACCGCCUCCGCCGCCGCAGCAAGUUCUUUAAUUUCCUUAUCGCAACCCGACCCGGAUAGGAAUCAACCCGUUUCGUGCCCCGAAUCCGGCAUCUCCACCGACACCAACCUCUUCUUCCCUCUCCGCAACGACAUCUUCCCCUGCACUGCGUGCGGCGAGAUUUUCCAGAAGCCCCACCUCUUAGAAGCCCAUCAAACCCUCAAACACGCGGUUUCGGAUCUACCCAGAUCCGACCCGGGUCACAACAUCGUCCAAAUCAUCUUCAAAUCGGGUUGGCCCGAAUCCAAGCCAUUCCCAACCAUAACCCGCAUUCUCAAGAUCCACAACAGCCCCAAGAUCCUCUCCAAAUUCGAAGAGUACCGCGAGGCCGUGAAGUCCAAGGCGGCGCGUCACGGCGCCCAUACGCGCCGCCGCGACGAGCGCUGCAUCGCCGACGGAAACGAGCUCAUGCGCUUCCACUGCUCGACCUUUUUAUGCGACUUGGGACACAACGGGGAUUCCGCGAUUUGUUCGCAGCAGUUUUGUAACAUUUGCGGAAUUAUUAAGUCCGGGUUUUCCCCGAAACUCGACGGGAUCGCCACGCUGUCCACUAGUUGGCGGGCACACGUGGCGAUCCCCGAGGACAUAGAGCGGGAGUUCCGCUUCAUGAAUGUGAAGCGGGCAAUGCUUGUUUGUCGGGUGAUUGCGGGUCGGGUCGGAUCGGAUUCGGAUGAGGUGGAAAAAGAGGACGGAGGGUUUGAUUCGGUGAUGGCGAGUGGGGUCUACACCCGCCUUGAUGAGGAGGAGCUUUUGGUGUUUAAUCCUAGGGCUGUGCUUCCUUGCUUUGUGAUUGUGUAUAGUGUGUGAUGAAUUUGACGGUUGUGAUGAUGAUGUGAGCUUCAUGAUGGCUUGUAAUUUUAAUUUUGUUUAAGUAUUUUGUAGCUAUGAGAUGCUUCUUUUUGCAUAAUCCGGGUUCUUGGACCCUUGUGCACGAAAUUAUGUGCAUUAAAUUGACACAUUAUAGUAUAGAAACUGAAUGUGCUGUAUGUAAGACUGUUUUUUAGAUAAAUUUCUGUUUAACUGUGUUGCUUGA